GAAGAAGUAGCCAGCGGAAGUUGCAGGACGCAUGCAGCGGCAGCCAGCAAUUUUCUCCCAGGCCAGAGCUCUUUUUUAAAUGUUACCUGAAGACUCUGAAGCAGUAUGACCAGUAUCGAACAGAUGGCAGCAGUAGGACAGGUUCUGACGGACCCAGGGCUACACCUGACUCGGCGGUUCAGAGCCUUAUUCACCUUGAAGAACCUGGGAGGUGCUGAAGCUAUAGAAUGGAUCAGUAAAGCCUUCACGGAUGAGUCUGCCCUGCUGAAGCAUGAGUUGGCUUACUGCCUGGGACAGAUGCAGGACAGACUGGCCAUUCCCACUUUAACUGCAGUGCUCAAAGAUACACAGCAAGAGCCGAUGGUCAGGCAUGAAGCAGGGGAGGCUCUGGGAGCAAUCGGGGAUCCUGUCGUUCUGGACCUACUGAAAGAGUACAGUCAGGAUCCUGUCAUAGAGGUUGCAGAAACGUGUCAGCUGGCUGUUCGUCGGUUGGAGUGGCUGCAGACUAGAGAAGAGAAGCAGUUGGACGAUGGAAGUUCAGAUGAGAACCCCUACUGCUCUGUAGACCCAGCCCCUCCAGCUGUGAGGAAAAGUGUGUCAGAGCUUCGCUCAAUCCUGUUGGAUGAGAGUCUGCCACUCUUUGAACGUUACCGUGCAAUGUUUGCCCUGCGUAAUCUGGGCGACGAGAUGGCUGCGCUGGCACUGGGAGACGGCCUGCAGUGCUCAAGUGCUCUGUUCCGUCAUGAGAUUGGCUAUGUCCUGGGUCAGAUGCAGCAUCCGGCAGCGGUCCCAGCCUUGUGUGCAGCUUUGGAGCGUUCUAGUGAGAACCCUAUGGUCCGACAUGAGGCGGCAGAGGCUCUUGGGUCCAUCGGCAAAGAGGAGUGUCUGGCUGUGCUGCAGCAUUACUGUGGAGACAAAGAACGAAUUGUCAAAGAAAGCUGCGAGGUCGCUCUAGAUAUGCUGGAGUACGAAAACAGUGAGCAGUUCCAGUAUGCAGAUGGACUGGUCAGCUUACAGGGUUAAAGGUCUAUGUUGCACCUGAAGGGUGCUUUCACUCUAAUUGCUUAACACAUUUACUACACUCUGUACUAUUGUAUUCCCAUAUACAGCAAAUAAGGCUGCUGUAAAACUAUUUGAUCCUGUGAGAAGAAGAGUCCUUUGAGUUCUUUCCCCCUUCAUGUCUUCACUGCUACAAUUAGCAUUUUUGUGGAAUCUACAGCAGCUCCAUGUUCUCAUACAGCAGCUUUGGGCUGAAGGUGGAAGACCUGACAGAUUGAUGUGAUGAUUUCAAUGUUAUGGGCUUUUCCUCUAAAGUUUUUUUUUUCUUUGUUCCUUCUUAUGUCUUUUUAUUUUUUUGUCAAGGAGAUGUAUGUGAUCAUACAGUUUGAUAAAAUGGACAUGAGACAGAAAAAGAUUGACUUGUUCUAAAUGUAGACAUUGAUUAUGAUCCAGGCUGCAUUACAUUUGAUCAGGCUUGAUGUCAGUUCCUUAGACCUACAAUGAGAGUAGUACUGAAAUUCUCAAUCAACAGCAGAAUGGUCAAAGUGGCGGCCAUUUUUAUGUGUACUUUUGCCAUUGCAAUGUACUGUCAGUUAUAGUGGGCUAACUCAUUCUAUGUAUAUGGUCCAAGUACAGUUCUGAGCACCAUUUUCUGUUGAGCUUGUCAAAUGACCACAGCUAAAAGUUCAAUGUCCGUUCUACUCUCAUUCUAUUUCUAUACUCAUAGAAUUAAUACAAGCCAAGGCUUCUCUGUUUGGAUUUCAAGUAUGUUAGGAAGUACAGAUCCCUCAUUGUAGGGAAAGUUCAUGCCAAACUGAACUGCUACAGAGAUAAACAAUGUGAAAUUGGGGUAAAACUUAAAUCUAGAUUACUGCAGGACACAGGUCUUGAUUUUAAUCUUGUAUCGAAGUGUGUACUGUAUGGAAAUUAAAAUUAUGCUGUAUACAAUUAAUUUAUUGUCAAUCCUUUUAUUCUCAGUCAGUCCUAUUGCUCAAGUUCUCCGCGCAGCAAUGCACUGUAGAUUUUUACAUGAUCAUCUGCAAAUUGAUGCUUUUUCUACCUGGAGUAACAAACUAUUUUGUCACAGUUAAAGUCCCAGUGAAAGGGAAGUUGGAGCAUCUAGCUUGUGUACUGUGCCACAUUCCCAAGUGCAACUGAAUAUUUGAGCGGUGUGCAGUUACAAAAGGGAAUUAAAUCAAAUAAUUAGCUACCUACAGAGGACUGUGGGUCCAUGU